UAAUUAGAACAAAGUCUGUCCUAUUUGGCUAAAUUAUGGGUUGUACUACGGCGACUCAAUUAGCCCUGACACUCUUCGCCACCAUGGCCGUGCUACGCGGGGAAUUCACGGACCUGGAAAACUUCAUACGCGUCCUGGGAUCCCUGAACACUAACACUUCCGCCGUGAACUACCUGAACGGCUCCGUGUACCUCCGGCAACCCGGGGCGCCCAUCGUGAAGAUAUUUAACUACGAGGGCUACAACAUCAAUAGAAAGCAGCGUCGGCCGGACGGAACCUUCCUGUCGCUUUCCCGGGAGUUCGUCGUCUACCGCCAGCCGAACACAUCACAGAUCAUGCAGGUGUGGAUGAACCCCAUUUCCGGCAGGCCUAACGAGGUGUUCACCGUCAUGAACGACCCGGUUAACGCCCAUCUCUCCGACCCUUCACCAAACUUCGCCGCCCCCUACAACCGCCCCGCGUACCGGAUAUACAACUCCGACAUCGUCCUCGAGUACCGAAACCCGCUUCAGCCGGACGCCUACCCUCGCUACUCCGCCGGCCCCUGGUACGACUCCGUGGAGCUAUUUGGCUUCUUCGCUAAUUACACGCUGCUAACGGGGUCCUCGCUCGACAGCCUUCCGAUGACAGGUACGUGGAUGCGAAAGUCUGAGUUCCUGCCGUGGAUGGAGCUGGGAACAACCCCUGGGGAGCUGUACUAUACCACCCUCGCCUGGAAGUGCAUGGACGGUCUUGCGUGUGUGGCGGAAGAUAUUAUGAACAUUAUUAAAGAGAAUUACCCGAAGUACCUAAAAGCGCCAUCCACGGAAGAAGUUCCUAACGAAACUUCGUGGACAGUAUUUAAGAAAGUUAUUGACCAAAGACGCCAGGCCGGCUUACCUGACAUCAUUAUCCCGCAGGUGAACACGUCAACACACGUUCGGGACAUGGUGUAUGACGUUGAUCCGCGCGUGCUGAACGUCUUGUACAAGUGGCCACUGAACAUCCGGUUCAACGGCACAGCGUGGUCGGAGAUCCCGGGGAAACAGACGGUCCCACUAUACAAUUUGCGGGGGAACGUGGGCGUGGACCUGGAGCCCAUACCGGAAGGUGGCGGCUGGCGGCUCCAGCUGGACGGCAAUUUCUACUUGUUAAACCACACGACGAACGAGCCGUUCAAGCAGUUCUUGAACCCAAUCACUGGCCGGGUAAACAACGUGACGUACAUACAGGAAGUGGCAGUCGACAUGGUGUUCCCUAAGGACUCGUUCUAUUCAAUGGACAUAUACUCCUCUGAGGUGGUUGGUCUGAUCGGGGCGCAGGGGAUGGACGACGGAGCGCCGGGCGGAACCGGAAACUGGUCCGUGAACAUGUUCAACGCCAUCUUCCCUUGGGAAGAACUGGCCAAAAACACGACGGUUACGACGGCGACGUUUUACGGCAUAUUCUCGACGUUUGCGUCGUGGCCUGUGUGGAUGGAGAUGACGGACAUUCCCGGGAACAUCGUCCAGAAACUCUUUUUCAGCAACGGAGACAUCUGACGGGGCAUUUUACAAAUCUUGUAAAGAUGUAUUGUUGGUGUUAUCAUUUCGUUUGAAAUUGUAUUCGUCAGUGAGUACGUAUGUCUGGAAUGGUGCUUCGAAAUAAAUUACAUGUAUGACGUAAACUCAUUUGCACAUUUAAGGAGGUCACUGUACGUCGUAUUUAUUACAAGCGGCUUUAGGAAAACGGUAGCGCAGCGUAGUCGGCGACUCCAUCCCGCCCCCACUCCCAUUUUUGUUUAAAUUAAAUGGUACAAGUGAAUAAGUAAUAUGUCAAUAUCGAAGUAUAAAUAUGAAUAUAAAAUGUAUCACAAUGCACCAUUUCAUACUAAAUAAUUGGCACUACCUUCGACGGGGAAACGUCUAAAUAUUUUUAACUGUAUUUGAACAAAAUAUGUUUCGGUCUAGUGUUGUUAAUCGAAACUGCAUGACCUUCCAUUGGACCUAAAUUUAUUUGGUUUGUAAUGUUAACAGGGGUUGUAUUUUUUUAGACAAUUUUAACAAUUUAUAGUCCGAAAUGGGCAUUUGAUUGUAUUUUUCCUUACUCGUUGCGAGGACGAUAGUUAUGUUGUUCAGAACUCGUAUCUGGCCCAUUUGUUAUUUGUUGCGAAGACGAUAGUUAUGUUUUCCAUAUGUUCUUAAUUUGAGAAUAGUCGCUAUUACCUAAUGCUUUUCGCAAAAUAAGCGACACUUUUGGUUUGUAUUCAUGUAAUUAAACGGCGAACGUGUUAAUUUUGGUGUAUGUAAGCAAUAUACAGCAAAUGUAACUAUUAAAGCAUU